AUGAAGAACUCGGUGUCGGACCGCAGUUUUUACAUUGAAAGUGAAGAUGAUGAUGAUGAGGAGAGGGACAAUAGACACAUAGAAGAUGGGAAUGAUUCUGAUUUUUCAGGUUCAGAAGCCGAGCAGCACCGGCAGCAGCAGUUUGAGCCUAGUUCUUACAAUACGCAAUGGCCUCAGAGUUACAGGCAAUCCAUUGACCUGUAUACUAGUGUACCAUCCCCUAGCAUUGGGUUUCUAGGUACUCCAUUGUCAAGAUUAGGAAGCUCAUUUCUUUCCUCAUCAUUUCUUUCGUCAUCAGUAACGAGAAGGCACACUCCUGAGACAUUACCAUUUUUGGCAAAACCUCCGGUACCUACCUUUGGAGAACAACAACAGCAACAGCAGGAGAGACCAAGUUCUCAUUCUUUACACUCAGCAGUUCCUUCAAGGAGGUCUUCAAUAAGAAAAGAUGAUAAGUCCAGGAUUUCUUAUGAUCAUCAUCCAAUGUCUCGUCACAGCUCAUUUGCUCAAGCUGUGGUUAAUGGUAUCAAUGUUCUUUGUGGUGUGGGAAUUCUUUCAACACCAUAUGCAAUCAAAGAAGGAGGAUGGAUUGGCCUUUCCAUUUUGCUUAUUUUUGCAGUGCUGUCAUUCUAUACUGGAUUGCUUCUGCGUUACUGCUUGGAUAGUCAACCUGGACUUCAGACUUACCCGGACAUUGGCCAAGCUGCAUUUGGUACCCCAGGCCGCAUUGCCAUCUCGAUAAUACUAUACGUGGAAUUAUAUGCUUCUUGCAUAGAAUAUAUAAUUUUGGAGGGUGACAACUUGUCUUCGCUAUUCCCACAUGCACACAUGAACUUGGGUGGAUUUGAGUUAAAACCGCAUGUUUUGUUUGCAAUUUUGACCACCCUUGCUGUUCUGCCAACUGUUUGGCUUCGAGACCUCAGUGUUCUUAGCUAUAUAUCAGCUGGCGGAGUCGUUGCCACCAUUUUGGUAGUGCUUUGCUUGUUUUGGGUUGGUCUAGUAGAUGAUGUUGGCUUUGAGAGCAAAGGGACUCCCCUGAACCUUGCAACUCUUCCUGUUGCUAUGGGUCUCUAUGGUUUCUGCUACUCAGGUCACGCUGUAUUCCCAAACAUUUAUACUUCAUUGGAAAAACCAAACCAAUACCCUGCAAUUCUUUUAACAUGCUUUUGCAUAUGUACUUUCAUGUAUGCUGGAGUUGCUGUCGUCGGUUACACAAUGUUUGGAGAAGCAACAUCGUCACAGUUCACUCUCAACAUGCCUCAGGACUUGGUUGCCUCAAAGAUCGCUGUGUGGAGUACGGUAGUGAACCCAUUCACCAAAUAUGCAUUAACUAUAUCUCCUGUUGCAAUGAGUCUGGAGGAGCUGGUACCAUCAGACAAGUCCCUCAUGUACUCUUUCUUUAUUAGAACAGGGUUGGUGAUCUCGACCCUGGUCGUCGGUCUUUGUAUACCAUUCUUUGGUCUCAUGUUGUCGUUGAUCGGAUCUUUGUUCACAAUGCUUGUUGCCUUGAUACUCCCUUGUGCUUGUUAUCUGAGCAUCCUCAAAGGAAGAGUCACUCGUUUUCAGAUGAUACUUUGUAUCAUAAUAAUUAUAGUAGGUGUCAUAGCAUCUGUCGUCGGAACAUAUUCAGCCGUAACUAAAAUCAUACAGAGUUUAAGCAGCUGAAGGUCUACUUUGUAAGACAGUGAGAGACACCAUGAUUCUGCGUCCCACAGUCGCAAGAGUCAUUUGCAAGAACACCGUGAGAGUCAACAUUGAGUUACAUCGAUAUCUAAUUAAAGUUACUUUU